AUGCCCCUCACGGCAACCGGGAUGCGGGCGAUGAUGCGGCAGCUCGCCAAGGUGCGCUCACAGCCUCUCGACGGCAUGCACCUCUACCCUUCAGAGGAUCUCAGCGUGCUGCGCUUCGACCUCGACGGCCCGGAGGGCACGCCCUUCUCAGAGGGCCGUUUCCAUGUCUGCCUCGUCUUCGACGAGCGCUACCCUGAGGUCCCGCCGAGUGGGUACUUUCGCACGAAGAUAUUUCACCCCAACGUCUCCGAUCGUGGGGAGAUCUGCGUGAAUGCGCUCAAAAAGGAUUGGAACCCACAGAUCGGUCUGCAGCACAUUAUGCUUGUGAUUCGCUGCCUGUUAGUGGAGCCGAACCCGGAGAGCGCACUCAACGAGGAGGCCGGACGGCUGCUCCUCGAGGACUACUCCUCCUACGAGCGAAAGGCGCGGAUGCUCACGAGCAUUCACGCCAAGCGUCCGCCAGGGGUUCCUCGCAUUACCCACCCCGAUGAGGCCCCGAAAAGACGUCCAACCUCCUCCACAACGCCUUAUACGGCCUCGAACGAGCAUGAUCAUUUUGUCAGGAGUAUGGAGGGCGCGGAUCAUCUCGCGGCGUGUGGGCCUUUCGAUACGGAAGGGAGUUCCAAACCCCAGGUCGCAACCGCCUCCAUCGCAGGUCCUCUUGACGACCCGCACGCGGAACUCCCUCACCCCCUCCGCAGCCUAGAAGGUAACAACGCGUACUUCGCAAGUGGGAAAGGAAAAGACGACGAGGUGAAGGCUGGAGGGGUGAGCGCGGUGGUGCGAGGGUCGGGCGAGCAUGGUGGGGCCGGUUGUAGCGCGAGCCCCGCGAUGAUGGAGCUGCACUCGGCCAAGGCUGCACAGAAGAAGACGACGGAUAAGAAAAAAGCCGCGUUGCGAAGGAUCUAA